GCCGCUCCACCAAGCCACAACGCAUAUAAAAAGCCCCCCACCCCCAACUCAUCCAGACAAGUAUAUCCAUCAUUCACCGUCUUCUUCCCCUUCCUCUCCAACACGAAACCACAAAUUCCUCUCUUUCUCUCUCUUCAAAAAACCUCAAUUUCAGAAAAUCCCCAAUCCAAAACCCUAAUUUUCUCACAUUCGCAUUUAUUUUCCCCUAACUUACUCGAUUGAAUUCCGAAUCGGAUCCGUAAUCGUUGUUUUUAUAUAUAAUUGUUGAUUCUGAUUCAAAUUCUGGGUUCAAUUUGAGACUCAGAGGAUUUCUCUGAGAUCGAAAAAGAAUCGGAAAGUAUAAUUUAAGAUGUCUGCAAUUUUGUGUGGAAAGAGAUCUUUCUUUGAAGAAUUACCAGCAAACUCUAACUCACCUGUUGCUAAAAGGCUUCGUUGUUCUUCUUCUUCUCCUGUUAGAUUUUCGCCGUUUUCGCCUCCUUCGCCGCCACCUUCUAGAAACUCUCUUCUUGAUAAGCUCAGGGAAGCUUUCCCUCGUAUGGACCAUCAGCUUUUAGAGAAAACCCUAGAAGAAUAUGGUGAUGACAUAGAUGCAGCAAUUAAGAGACUGCAUGAGUUAUGUUUAGGAUCUUCGGAGGAAAUUUCGGUUUCUGUGGAUCAUUUUGCUGCACCUGCCCAGCAAGGUGGUUUGUCUGCUGAGGAACAAGCAGUUCCAGUUCCUAUUGAAGAUACUUCUUCCCGUAACACCCUUCCAAGAGAUGGUGCUCAGUGGGUGGAAUUGUUGGUUAGUGAGAUGGGCGGUGCGAGUACCAUAGAUGAGGCACGCAACUGUGCUACUAAGGUGUUGGAAGUUCUGGAGAAAUCGAUAAGGGACCAGGCAAGUGCUGAAGCUGCAGGGAAUUAUCAGAAGGAGAACAUCAUGUUGAAGCAGCAAAUUCAGGCGCUUCUGAAUGAUAAUAGUAUCCUUAAACGUGGUAUUCAAAUUCAGCAUGAGCGUCAAAAGGAGUAUGAUGACAAGAACCAAGAAGUGCAGCAACUCAAGCAGCUACUUUCUCAGUAUCAGGAGCAGUUGAGCAGACUCGAGGUGACUAAUUAUACGCUGACUAUGCAUCUCAAGCAAGCGCAACACAACAGUUCGUUUUCUGGACAUUUUAACCGAGAUGUAUUUUAGUUGAAGAUGUAAUAUAUGUAUCUGGAAUAGGUCAAGUGGUCAACCAAAUUACCUAUACUUGUGCCUUGUUUAGAAAUGUAGAAGCCUUUGGCCAAAUUUCUAGAGGGUAAUUUAUGAAACUCUUUACCCUGGCUUAUCUAAAUUCUGAUCAAGUUUUAAAGUGUUGCUGUGUUUUACUUUUAUGAAAUUGAUGUGCCGUGAAUUUUUGUUUCUUCAA